UCAGUGUUCUGCGGAAUAGUUGGCCAUCAUGCAAGGCACGAAUACACAGUCAUUGGCCAGAAGGUGAAUCUCGCUGCCCGGAUGAUGAUGUAUUAUCCGGGGUUAGUGUCCUGUGAUGCAGUGACCUAUGCCAACUCCAGGCUGCCUCAUUGCUUCUUUGAAGAGCUCCCCCAGGCUGAGAUGAAAGGAGUUGUGAAUCCCGGCGUGGUCUAUCAGUAUCUUGGCAUCAGUGAGAAACCAAUGAUUGGCCAAGCGUAUCUCACCAAGGAGAGGUCUGAGUAUUACCACUUACUGGGUAGGUGGACAGAGCUCUUCGGAACUCCAGUUGGUUUGUCAUUCGGAACCUGUGGAGCAGUUGUUGCUGCUGGGAAGAGGAUGCCCAAGGAAGCGAUGGAUGUGGGGGGAAAUGUCUGAGGGGGACCCACUACUUGAGGAUAUUAAGUGACUGA